GGGAUAGACUGACAAUGUUGUAGUAAAAAGUGAAAGAAAAGGCUAGCCUUCACUUGAAGUUAGACCCCGUUCGCGUUUUGUUAUCCGUUGUCGAAAUUAUAUUUAUAUCGCGAAAAUAAAAUGAAUCAAGGGACUAUAAGUCCCGAAGAAUGAUUGGUCCUGGUUAAAGAAAGAAAGGGCGGAGAAAGAAUGGAACACGACCGGAGACAUCCGAUGGCGAUGAGUGAGUCCUUUUGUUUCUUGUUUGUUAUAUUUUAUUUUUUUAUUAUUUUUUUUUUUUAAAUCAAUAUUCUGGAUCCGUUUGUAUUUAUUUGAUUUAUUUAGAAAUGAUAAUUUAAAGUUCAACAAAAAGUUAUAAUGAAUUCUGAAAAGCAUUGAUAUGGAACUGCCAUUGAUUUAUUUUGCUGGCUGAGCAGUUCAGUGAGUGUGUCAAGUGCGUGAGACAUCACUCAUUACUGGAAUCAGAUGUUAAGGUCUAUGACUCCAGGCCAGUCCACCACUGUUCUGUACAGAACUAGGUCCUAUGUAGACGAGGCCAACUUUAUUAGUAGCUUGAAUGUUUGUUUUAGUACUUCAGCAGCAUUGUUACUCCACUACUACUACUAGAAUCUUCACUUCAUGCAAAGUUACAAUCUAAAAGUAUCAGUAGGUCCUCACAUUUUUAGUUCACUGUACCAUGGAAACCAUGAAAAAAGAAAGUGAAACAAGGUUUGGGAAAACUUGGAAAAAAGCAUGUUAGAAAUUUUAAAAAAAUACUUUGACAAGAAGCAUUCUCAUUCUUCAAUGAACAAAUACCACAAAUCUAAAAAUUAAAAUAAACUAAACACUUUUUAUGUAACAGGAAUGUUAUAGAAAAUGAGAAGGUAAGGGACUUAAUAUAGGCAAUAGGGCAGGGGAAGGAAGAGAGGAAAAGUAAUUCCAGAGGAAUUGAUUGUAAAAAGGAGAGGGCAGAGUAAAGAUUUAACAAGUAAUGGAGAACAUGAUUUCAUGCCAAGUUCAUCCUGGUGGGCGUAUUGGUACAGGAAACAAUGGCAGUGAUGGCCAAGUUGCUAGAGCUUUUGUGGUCACUUCUAUUGAGGUGUUUUGAGAUAGUAAACUGUUUAUCUUUCGCAAAAUUUUGAAGGCGUUCAGUAAAUCUGUCCAAGAGAUUCAGUCCAGUCUUAUCUGCUGAAAACUACCAUAAGGGAAUGUGUUGAGUCUGGAUGACAAAAUGGCAAGUUUUGCAAUGGCUGUGUCCAUAUGGCCUGGUUCCUAAGUGGAAGGGGGUAGCACAGGGGUGGGUGUGAGCAAGAUCUUGCAGAUUUUUAUCUCUUGGGAACACAUUGAGAGGCAGGGUUGAGAAAAUGUUAUAGGUGUCAUAAUGCUCUUUUUGGCUUUGAUUAGAUAAAAAAGAAGCUUUGGUUGAGACCUGAUUUAGGUGACGAUAUGCUCGGGUUGAAAACUGAUUAGUUGACGAUAAGCUCUAUUUGGAGCCUGAUUAGGUGAAAAAAGCUCAGAUUGAAACCUGAUUCGGUGACAAAAUGCUCUGUUUGGAACAUGAUUAGAAUUAGGUGAAAAAGGGCUCUGGUUAGAACCUGAUAAGGUGACAAAAUGAUUUGGGGGUAAUCUGAUUAGAUGACAAAAUGAUUUGUUUGUAACCUGAUUAGGUGAAAAAAAUCUUUGUUUGCAACCUGAUUAGGUGGGGCAAAAAGCUCUGGUUGAAACACACUAGAUGACAAAAUGCUCUGUUUGAAACCUGAUUAGUUGAACAAUGUCAAAAUGAUUUGGUAGCAACCUCAUUAGGUGACAAAAUGCUCUGGUGGAUUUGUUUGCCUUCUCUUAGAUGAGUUGCCAUCCUAGAUUGAGUCCCAACUACCUGGGGUGCAGGUGUUGUUUUUGCUUGUCUAUUUGUCUAGCCUUGGAUUGACUUAGUUUAAACCACUUGACAUAGAGCACAAAACAAUACAUAUCCAAACAUUUUUUAAAAUUUCGCCACUUAGGAUGGAUUCUUAAAACCAGAGAAAAAGAAAUCAUCAAAUCCUAGAUAAAUGAAAAAUUUGUAUUAAUACAGUAUAAUAGAAACAUUUAUUAAACUGUUAUUUUUCUCUCCCUAUUUGCUAUUUUAUUUCAAAACUUUAAAAACUCCUGAUCAUCUAUACGAUUUUGAUAAAUAUGGUCAUUUUAUUGCAAGUUUGAAAGACAAUAUGAUAUACUAGAGUGAUUGACACCACCAUAAGCAAAUUUUUAAAAUCACUUUUUAAUGUUUCAAAAUAAAUUAAAUCCAGAAGGCUACUUUAUUUUAUUUUUUGGGCAGUUUUUGUUUCCCUAUUUAAUCUGUUUAGUUUCAUUUAUUAGUGUUAAUUGAUAUGACAUUCAGUAAAAUAAGUUUUCAUAAUGUCUUUACACUCAUUAAGGUGUGUGCUGUUUGCAUGAAGAAGUAUAUAUUUUAUGUUUUACAGAUAUGAAUGGAAUGGCCCGCCCCAAUCCUCACCCACUCCCUGCUUCCAGUUCAAGUCUUCCUCCAGACUUUGACAAAAAGAGGAGAAACUAUAGGCUGUUAGCUGAUCCUAUGAUUGACAGUAGCAAAGACAAGCUGUAUCGAUUUGAUGGAGUCAAUCCUAAUGUAUGGCAUUUUUAUAGGAAUUUAUUGUUCACUAAAAAUUUUACGCUGUCAAAUUAAUUUUGGUAUACAUUGUGAGAGGACGAAACAAUACUUAACUAAACAUUUAUUUUAUUUAACACCUUAGGAUGGAUUCUUAAAAUUAUAUCUAAGGAUGGUAAAAAAGUAAGUAUAAAAAAAAUACAAGUAAUUGGCUAUUAUGAUUGGAAUUUAUUAUAAAAUGUAAUCAGUGUUUGCGACAUGAACACUAACAUAAAAUUUUUAAUUUGUUAAGGAUGGUCGACCAAUAGACACUAGAGAUCCAAGGCCCAGGUACCAACGAAUCUGUUACAGACGACAGCCAGCUGAUUUGCCUGUGCCUAGAUGGAAAGUAGGUCAUUUAAAAUUUAUUUUUUUAUAAUGCAUGGAAGAAGAAAAAGUUACAAUAUGUAUUUAAUGUUAAAACCACAAACAAAUAUUUCCACACCAGUCAUUAUAGUACAUUUUUAAGUUUCAACUCUUUGACACCAAAAGCUAAUUUUAGCUCAUUGUUUUAGCUGGGAUACCAGGAAUGAUUGCAAAAAGAAUUAUCUUUAAUUCAUGUCACUAUUUACUCAUUGUGGUAUACAUACAUAUAUAAGUUUCCUGAAGGCAUUUCAAAUUUCUUAAAGAAUUAUCUACACCUUAGUUGAAAUUUCUUUUGCCUAAUGUCUUGAGGCUUUUUAUUUUUUUUUAAACCUUAACUAAUUUUUUUUGCUGAAUUUGUCUAGUAUGACCAGUACUAUGUUGGAACACCACCCGCCAAAGAGGUGACAUUCAGCAAUCUCAAUGACAAUAUCAACAGAGAUUUUCUAGAGAACAUGGUCAAAGGGUUUGGCAGAAUUGAAGACAUCAAGAUAUACUACCAUCCCAGAAACAGGAAACACAUGGGCAUUGGAAAAGUGAGAACUGAUAAAUGUGCUUGCACUGUUAUAAAAAUAAAGUCAAGUUUAAAUUUAAUUGAACAACCCCUAAAGACAAAGAAAGUUUUUUUGUAUAAAUCCUUAUCAAGCAUUUUUUUAUUAAAUUAUUCCAUUAACAUUCUAAUAUCCCACCCGCUUUUUCAUAUUCGCUUGAAAAACAGGAAAAACUGAUUUUUAAGGGAUUGAGUUGGGUUGAAAUUUGAUAGUAUUUGUUGUCAUCAGUAAUGGGUCUAUGGGCUAAGUUUCAGCUCAAUAAGUUGAAGGGAAGUGGGUCAAGUAACCAUCCAAAGAUUUUGCCACACACCCAAAGAGAAAGAAGGAAACACGAACAAAAACUAUGUUAAUAUAAAGGAUUUUAAAAAUUAUGGCAGAAAGAAGACAGUGUAUGAACAAUUAAUGUAUAGAAUUCUUUAAACUAACUGAACUUCGAAUGUAUCCUUAAUAUUUUUGUAGUUAUAUAUUUCAUUUAAAAUUUGAUUUACUUGCAUUAGUAUACAUGUAAACUCCUUGUUACAGGUGGUUUUUGCUCAGUCUAAAUGUGCCAGGGCAUGUGUGGAAAAACUUCAUCGGACAUCUAAAAUGGGGAACAUUAUGAAUGUCUUGUUGGACACCUUGGGUAAGUAUAUGCUGAUCCAAACUUUUUAUCUUUUAAAAAUUAAGUUAAGGUUGGUUUGGAUUAUUAGACUUCAUUGUUCAAUUACAUACCCAUUGCUCACUAAAGCUUAACUUAUCACACCUUGUUGAAUAGAAAUUAAAACUGAGAUCUGUUUAAAAGUUACUAUUAAGUUAAAAAUAAUGUAUUUCCAGGUAAAGAGCGACAAAGAUUGAUUGAUCAGAAACUGACAGACAGACCAAGAAUUGAACUAGAUGCAGCAAAUUUAGCCUCUCAAAUGUCAAGGACAAGUAGUGUUGACACAUUAGAAAGGUUUGAUUACAUUGAACCAGAGAGCGAUAAAAAGUCAUCUUUCUUAAAGAAACGCCAACGGGAUCAGGACUCACAGCAGGGUGAUAGUAUAGGAACAGCACCAUCUGAUAAUGCCAGUACAUCCUCUCAUUCUUCAGACCUUACCUUCAAUGCAGGAACACCAUUCAGUCAAAAUAGUUUCACACCGGGCCCUCCUGUUUUUGAUCCACAUCACCCACUGUAUAUGCCACCUGGUGAACCUCAUCCACCAUUUGGUCCUGAUUUUGGAUUCAAUCCUUCUGUUCCCAUGCCCCCGUUCCACAAUCAGGGUUUGCCGCCACAUCCUCAAACCCCCAGCCAUCAUGGCCCGCCACCUAUGACUCCACAUCAUCCACUGUUUAAUGACAAUUAUGGCCCACCUGUUCCUCAUGGGCCUGGACAUAUGCCAUUUGAUAUGCAGCCACCAUUUCACCAUGAGAUUCCAAAUAGCAUGCACGGUCCUGGUCCACCUCCGCCAGUAUUUAAUCAUCCAUGCAUGGAUAAUAGAAUGGAUGAGAGGGACUGGCGUAGAGGUGGUCGGCCCGGUAUGGACACACCGUCAUCUUCAUUGUCAACUCCAAUGUCUGCCCCGAGUCCAGUUCCCAUGAACAAUUUCCCCCCAAGAGGCAGAGAUCCCAGAUCAGAAAAGCCUCCACCAUUGGAAGCACCAAGAGAGAUUCCAACAGAAAAGCCAGUGGCUCUCCCAGACACCCCUGAUGCAGAUAAUGAUGAGGAGCCUCGAUUCAUGAGUUUAGAGUCCAGAAUUCAAAGUCUUCUUCAAGGUGGAGCUGAAGCUGAAGAUAAGGAUGAUGGUAAAUCUGGGAUUGAUCAUCAUGCUGAAACUGUUAUUCCUCCACCUGCACAAAUGGCAGCUUCAAAGUCCCACAUCCCACCGCACUCUCAAGAAAUGAUACCAUGGGACCCAAAUGGUUUACAUAUGCAUCCACCACCACCAGGGCAUAUGCCAUCUCAUCAUCACUUGCCUCCACACCAUCCCUCGCUCAUGCAGCCUCUACCACCAGGUGUCCCACCAGGCCAUAUGGGACCCCGCCCACACAUGGACUUAUGGCCAGGCAAUGGUAACCCCGCUCAUCCAAAUAUGCCUUGGCCUCCAUCUGCCAUGGAUGGACCACUUGCUCAGCAGCCAUUUGAACCUCCAAGAUCUCAGCAUAUUAAAGAAGGGCCUGGUAAGGGCAGGGGAAAAGGUAAAAAGAAAAAUAAGAACAAAGGCGGGGGCAAAUUCGGUAGACAAAAUCCUUCAUUUCUGCCACCAGAGGUGGUCCCCCGCCUACCCGUUUGUGACAAUAACAAUAAACGUGAUAAUAGACGAGAAAAACUUACAGGUGACACAUCACCCCAUUCUCUCAUGGAACUUGACUUUAAGUCUCCAUUUUCAGAGGAGGCACAUCACCCGUCCACCAAUGGUCAGAUGAAUAGCAUAGACAUGGAGGAUGAUAGAAUGAGUUUAGAUUCUGUCAGUAGUGGGGAUGAAAGACUGGAGGUGAACCCUUCGAGUGGAUCACAACAGCCUUUCAAUGGCGACUGGCGCAAUCACCAGCACGGAUUCGAUAACUUUGGAGUGUUCAGUCCAGACUAUGAUCCAGAUGCGGAUUAUGUGACUCACAUGUUUUCCACCGUGCUGAAUGAGUUUGUGAAAGAGCUUAAGAGCAUUAUGCAGAGGGACUUGUGCAAAAAAAUGGUGGAGACUUCUGCUUUUAAAUACUUUGAGACGUGGUGGGAUCAAGAAGAAGAAAAACAUAAGGUGAUCAUCUGUGCUAUUGUUUUUUUGAUUUUUAGUACAUGUACAUAUGGAAAUCAAGUUAGAACGCUUUGUCCAUUCCUGCAAAGUUCAAUUAUAUUAAAAGGAACACAUGAAAACAUUAGUAUAGUUUAUUCUUCUAAAUUCUUUUCUAGCUCUAAAAGGAAAAGGUGUGUUUUUAAGCUAACCUGACAGUCAACCGACAAAAUCAGUCACAAAAUCUACCAUUGGUUGCUAUAUUCUGUUACCAUAAUAACUGGAUGGUUAAUCUAAAUAGAAAAUAUUGGUGUUAUUUUUCAUUUACUUGAAUUCCUUACAAGGGUGAGGCAAACAAUGUGCCUCAAGUUGACAAUGGGAAAGGGCACAAAAUUGAUUAAAAAUACUUAUUAUAAAUUAAAGAAAAGGUAAUAGGGGGACAGAUUUAUGCUACUGCCUCUUGUGAAAAUAACGCUAGCCACAGAAACUUGAAUACAUCUUAAAUAUCUGUUUAAAACAAGCUUAUUGUUAGUUUUAAUUGUAAACAAGAGAAAAUAAAAUAAAUUAUUUUGCAUUCUUUGUAGACUGUAGCCAACUUUGUAACUUGUUCUUUUGAAUGUGAUUUUUAAUUUGGGUUAAUGUAUGUGUCAAUAAACUCAAGAGGUACAUUUAUUUUUAUUGAAAAAAAGAUAGUACUAAAGGAUUUUUAAAAUGAUGUCAAACUAUUGGUUUAUUCGAGUUCUUACAAAGUUUGACGUAGUUAACCCUAUAACUGUCAAGUGCAUUUGUCUGUUAGUGUCAAGCCAUUUUUAGCAUUUUCAUAUACUUCUCAAAAAUGAUAAAUGAAUUCAGAGACCUUCACAAGUAUACAUUUUCUGAAAGUAUAUCUGACAAGGUAUUAUUUGGUAUAAAAAUAAUUUGUUUUAUAUUAUGUAUGUUGAUUUUGACCUUUACAGAGUGAGUAAAAAUUUUUUACUCAAAUUCUUAAUUCAACUUACCCUAAAUACUCCAUAAAUUGUUCAAAUUAUAGUAAAAUCAAGUUUAUUAGAUACUAGAAGCAAUAUUCUUUCUUAAGAAAAUUGUAAGUUCGAGGUAUUUAUGUUGAAAAUUGUAAUAUAGGUGGAAUUUUUUUCAUCAUACCUUCAAAUUUCUGUCAUGCCAAAUACAAUGGGGAAGGCACCAAAUGAGUUGAAAAAUUCCUUUUUAAAUUAAGUUAUUAAAUCCUAUUUUAUUACGUGGACAAUUUCUGAAAUCAUUGCUUUCAGUUUAAUCCAUCUGAAAUAAUUCCAAUAAAGAAAGUCUGUGUUGAUUUUGCGAUCUAGAAGGGGACCCUCUCCAGCAUCAGACAUGGCAGUAAAAAGAAAUUGAGCAAAUGUCACACUCUAUUAAUCACCCAAAAAAUCUGUUAUAAAAGCAUGCACACAGAAAGAAAGUAAAUCGGGAGCAAACCCAUUUUAUAGAAUGACUUCCCCUUAACCAAUUAACAUUAAAUCAUUCACAAUGCUAAUGACGACUUUGGCUAGCAGCCGCUUACAUCAGUGUGACACUACAGAAAGGGGUUUAAUGGCUGAAGAUCGGUUGUCAUGACAGUUAUAGGGUAGCUCAUUUUGAUUUUCAGUCUUGAAAUACAGCAAAAAUUUAUAUUUUUUCUACUGGUAUAAUAUGGAAUCUUAAAUCUAAAUUUUAAAAAAAUGGUAGCUGUGGAAAAACUAAAUUAUUGAGCUUUUAAAAGUAACAGUGAGGUGAAUGUCCCAAGAAGUAUAUGCACUCUUAAUAAUUAUAAAUCAGUGGAGGAAGGGUUGUAGAUUGCUUUCUAUCUAGUGAGGGACAUCUUUUGAGUUCACUAACCCAUUUUUUAAAACAGAAUUAGCUGCCACUGUUAUGUGCUAUACAAGCCAUGGGGAAAUUAUAAGGAUUUCUUUUUUGUUGACUGAAAGUUUUCAUUUCUCCACUUUUUGAAUAUCACUGUUCACCAACAUGCAGUGGUUAAAAACUGCGAUGUGAAGCAUAGUAUUAUAAGUUAAAAUUCAUCUAAAUGUUAUAUAAAAGUACUUGGAAAAUUGUUACAUUGUAUUAAAUAUGGUAUGACUCUUCUGAGAUCAACUAAGAAAAGCAUCACUUCAGUAUUUCACCAUUUUACAUGCUGAACUCAUUUUAACCCCCUAAAUGAGUUAAACCAAAGUCAAUGCCGAGCUCAAAGACAUCUCAUGUCUUAAAAACUUUUGCUCAGUUAAAAUAAUUUUAAAUACCGGGUAACUGCCUUUUAUGUCUACUGCAUUAUUUUGGAGGAAAAAAUCGGCUGAUUAUUUAACCCUUUAUUAAAAACUAAAUGGGGCCAAUACUUUUAGUAAUAAACAGACAACUGUCUCCAUGUCACAAGCCUUGUGCUACCAAGACAAGGGCCAGCAUUUUUUUCGUAUGAAUUUGUAUUUAAAGAAGAAAUAUGUAUGUUACAGCUUUUGAAAUUUAACACACCUUGUUCCCAGCUUCUAGUUUGUUGCUGUUAUAGGAGGGCCUGCUAAGAGGGUUUUUUUCAUAUUGUUCAUUAUUCUGUAUUUCAAUUUUAAGGUACCUGUAAAACUACCAAAUGCUGAGGAGAAAAAAGAGAAACCGGCUCCGACUGCCCCAGCUGCUGCUCCAGCGUUAACAUCAGCACUGGCUGGACUAUUUGAAGCCAGGCACCCAUGGGCUAAGGAAGGUGGUUUGGAGUCUGGUCUUGGCUUCAACCGGUACAGUUCUGGAGGAUUGCUGGGCAUUCGCUCUGGAUUUUCAAAGCUACCAUCAUUUAAGGUAACUGGGCUAAAAUGUUGUUUAGUUAAUACCAUUCUACUUUUUGUUAUCAAUAGGGUUAAAAAGAGAAGAAUUUUCAUUGUAGGUCCAUGUAAGCUUCAGUUAAUAAUAAUUAACAUUAAUGAUGUGAUAUAGAAGUACGUUACAUUUCCAGUAACAUGAUGCCAGUUUACCAGAUUCAUUUUUUAAAAAUCUGUUUUUUAUCAUAAUGAAUACUUUGUCUUCAGUUCUUUUAUAUGCAUGACAUCUUUCCUGAAAUCUUAUCUGUUAAGUUUCAGUGGCUAACAAAUUUUUUAAAAAUUCAUUGUAAAGAUGUUUCUUAAAAUUAGGGCUUCACAUUAUAUGCCCAUAAAAGCAAAUUUUCAUUUAACAAUGUACUAAAUCUACACAACCUACUCAAAUUCAACGGCCUAGCGUGCAUAGUAUCUGUGGAUGAAGCUGGUUAUGUAAUUAUCACCCCUUGACAGAAUAUUAACAUAUUUUGUUGAUUUAAAUUGUAUUAUUGAUAAUGGUAUAGGAAAAAAAAUUGAAGUUUGCAUUAUGCAUGGAUAAUGCUUUUAAUGUUUUGUUUUCAAACAAGAUUAUUAUGAACAUUUUUUGAGAUUGCUUCUGUUAAUUUUUGUGAUUAGAAAAAGGCCCCCGAACCAGCCCCAGCAGAGGAAGAAGAUGAAGAGCCUCAAGAUAAAUCCAAUGACAGGAAAGAAAACCAUGAAAAGGCAUCCAUGUCAGACGAUGAUGAAGAUGAUGAGGAUGACUAUUCAGAUCUUGGAGAGACUUCCAAAGCUUUGGGAAAGAAACUUCAAAGAAAGAUUUAUAGUUCUGAUGAGGAUUCUGAAGAGAACAAAGCUGGUUUGCAUAGUUUUUUUUAUUUGUUAUUUAUUUCUUAUGGAAUUACAUUGAUUACUUAGCUUCUGUGCUGCCCACAAUGCAACAUUUUUUUUUAUUAGGAAUAAUUAUUAAAGAUGCUUGAUCUCGACCAUUGUUGCCUUUGAUCAUAAAAAUUGUAAAACCUUUUCACGCUCAAAGUUUCUUAGUCCUGCAAUCACUUGGUUAUCUUGACCAUUCUUAUCCAUUGGGCAUUUGGCCAUGUCUGAUAUUUUCCAGAGGCCAUUAUGAAAAAUGUUCAUGUUUUUUUCAGUUAAUAUAGGUUGUUCUUUAAUUAAAAAAUUGCAGGCACUAUUAAAAUAUUAACUGAACAUUUUAUAUGAUAAAGAUAUAUGCCAGAAUAAUCAUUUUCCAAAUAAGUUAGGGGGAAAAAACUUAAUUAUUUGAAAAAAAAGGGGAAAAAAUAUUCUUUUAAUUUACAAUUUAAUUUUUUAAAAUUGUGUUUAAAAAAUAUUUAUUUCUCAAAAUAUUUUUAGAUGCUGAUGAAGAAAAGGAAGAAAGUGAAGAUGAAGAAGAAGAAGAUAGUGCCAUUGAGAGUAGUGAAGAAGAAAGUGAAGAAGAAGAGGGUGAAGAAAGUGAUGCUUCAGAUGAUGAAAUGUCCUCAGAGGAAGAGGAUGUAAAGAAAGCAAAGAGGAAGACCAAGGUUGAAGAAGACAAAGAUCUCUCCUCACUGUCUUCUUUGUCAUCUGAUGAGGAAGAAGAAGAGGAGGAAGAAACAGAAGUAAAACCAUUACCAAAGAAAGCAUCACUUGAUGAAGAAGAAGAGUAAGUAAUAUUUUAUUUAUUUGCAUGCAAAGAAUCUCAGCUGGUGCUCGACGUAUGUUAAAAACUGUAGAUUGUAAGUUUGAAAUAUUAUGUGAACGUUUUUCAUUGCAAUUAAAUUAUAUCUUUCCUUUUUAAAAAUGUUUUAAUUAAAAAACUAUCUUAUUUCAUAAUCCACUAUUUUGAUUGUUUGUAUGAAAAGCUUGUUCUGAAUCACUAUAUUGUUUUAUCACAGGGAUGAAGAGUCUGGUGAGAUCAAAUCUGAAGAUGAAUGUGAGGAUAAGGAGUGAGUAUUUUCUAUUUACAAUCAUUGCAUUUGAAAUUUAAUCUUACGACUGGCAAAUAAUUUUACUAUUAGACUAUUUUUCCUAAAAGAAAUGACAUUGAUUUUUUUUUUUGUAUACAAGUUCUUCUAUUUUGGAUAUCUUGGGCAAUUCAACAAGUUUUAUUCCAAGUGUUUAAAACUGCUAUUUUACAUUUUUAUUUUAAAAUGAGGUUCAAUCUUGAAAUUUAAAAAAAAAUAAUUUCUUAGAGCAUAUGUUAAUACAUAAUGUAUUUUUUAAGGUGACCUUAAGCUUUUCAUUUUGCAUCUGCACUUUGGCAUUGUAAAUUUCUUGCUUUAGAGUGAUAGAUAUUGCUAUAAACUUGUUAACUUCAAUAAGAUGAGGGUGAUAUUUAUUCCUAGCAACUUUUUGUGCAUAUUCAGAUAUUCCAGUGAAGAUGCAAAGACAAAGUCUCCAGCCCGAAGUCUUACACCUAUCGAGGAAGAAAAUAAGAAAAAAGAAGCAGAAAGUUCAUCAUCAUCCUCCGAAGAAGAAGAAAAGGAUGAAAGCGAUAUCAAAAUUGAAGAGAACAUUAAAGAAGAAAAACCACGUUUUGAGGAACCAAAACGACCCCCUCCCAUGCGAGGAAGAGGGGGCAGACGGGGACGUGGAGGUCGACGGGGGCGAAGGAGAAGCAGUGAAUCAGAUGAGGAUCGUCUUACAUUCCUUAAGGCUGACAUGAAAGAGGAGAGGGAAGAAGAUGGAAUUCCCGAUUCCACAGACACUGAGGCAGCUGAAAUGUUGAUGGCCCUUGCUGGUCACAAACCUGCAAAAUCUAACUCGGAAGCUGAAGACUCUCAUGAAAUUACAUCUGAAGAAGAGGAUCGGAGGAAAUUCUUUAACUCUGCCAUUGCUGAACAUGACUACUUCUCCACAAAGCCUCUGGGGGUUGAAGACAACCAUGAUUCUGAUUCCACAGAUUCGGCUGAUGAUGAUGCUAUUAGAAUCACCCAGGAAAUCUGGAUAGAUCACAACUACUGCCUGCCUUCUGCUCAUAUGAAUGUGAGAGAACCAGAAACUUCAAAACACCAUCGUGCUAGUGAGAGAGACAGAAGGGAAAUGGAAGCUAAAAUUGAUGCUACAAUUGAUGAAGUAAUUUCAUUGGCACAUAAGAAAUCUGAGCCUAAAAGGAAAUCCCCUGUUGCUGCUGAUGGCAGGAAAGCUAAAGCUAAUAAAAAAUUUAAUGAUCUUACAAAUAAACCAAAAGUCAGCCGGGAACUGGCGAAUAUAUUAAUGGACGUGGAACCUAAACCUCGGGUGACCUUCACACCAAGAUCAAUACACGAAGAGAGACAGGUAUUUUUUGACAUCUAUCACCAUGGCAUGGAUGAUGAAGAUAUUCUUUAUCUUAAAAAAACAUAUGACUCAUUGAUGCAGUCAGAUGAUCCCAUGUUUUAUUGGCUUAAUGAUAUCUUGUGGGUUGAUCAUCCCCACACAAGGAUACCUGAUCCGCCUAGAAAGAAGAGACGAGUGGAAGAAUCUGUUCGUGUUCACAAAUCAGGUGAGGGUUACACAUUAUUUGUGUGAUUAUAUAUAGACUCUAAUUGUUUAAAUAACAGUUUAUUAAAUUGUGUCUUUUUUUGGAUUAAGUUUAAUAAGUUUUAACUUUUAAUACACAAAAAUUUGAGAUAAUAAGAAAGGUAUUCCGUUGAGACCCAGUAGUUGAAAUCCAAUAAUCUAAUUAUGUUGAAUAAUUUUAGUUUUUGCCCAUUUGGGUUUUUGCCUGCGGCCACUCUGACAUAUAUUCCAGUGCAUAACAAAAGUCAACAGAAAAUGGUAAUUGCCUUCAAAACGAAUGAAGAAGACAGGAUUUUGAUGUCACUUAAAAAAGAAAUGAAAGCUGAAUUAAAAUAUUUAACAUGUACCACAUAAUGUAAAGUCACAUUUUAUAAUGUUUAAGAAAAUUUCCCAUAUCCCUAUAAAACAGUACCAAUUUACUCCCAUCUGCAUAAUUCCUAAUCAUUUGUCUGAAAGUAGAAGUUUUACAUUAACGUGUAAGUAACAUGAAACCAAAAGUUUGUAUUUUGUUCAUGAAACAAAAGAAGACUUAAUUUGGCAAAGCUAUAUCUUAGAAUGAGCUUGUUUUGAAAGCAGAUGUAUUGGCAGACAGUUGAUAAAGUGUUAAAAAUACACAUUAUGGGACGGAUGAAUAUAACCUUUAAAAGCACUAAGUGAAUCGUGUAUGAUGGAUCAUUGCCAUUCUUUCAAUAUAAAACUGAUUUAUCUUCCCAAAUGUCAGGCUCUGCCCGGACUGAAGGACAUUACAAGAUAACUCUUGAUGAAAAGAUGAAAUAUUUAAGCAAUGCCAAAAAUUUAACUGUUCACCAACAGAUAGCUGCUGAGGAUGAAAAGCAAAUGGUAAACUAACUAGAUUUAGCCUUUAUAAAUGGAGAUUAUUAAAGUGGUCAAGUUGAUCAUUAAUGUGGUUAAGAAUUGAUGUAGUUUUACCUUUUCCGAUAUUACAGCAUAUCAAAAUACAUUUACAUCGAGGUGUGAUUUUUAAUCUGCUCCAGGGGAUUAAAGUAUUUUUCUCUCCUUUAUAGGAGGAUGUCAAAAAGAAGCAACAGACAUCCCGAGAAGUUCGUAAUGAGAACCGACGGUUGCAGGCAGCCAUUGCACUAUUCCAAGAAAAUCUUGAAGUCAGUGACCUGCUCAAGUUCAAUCAGCUUAAGGUAAAACAAUUUUUAAAUUUUUAUACAUAAAAUUCUAAGUAUAAGUUAAAAUUAGCAUUUCAAUUCACAUCCUUAAAUAUGGCAAACACUAACUGUAGUGAUUAAAAUUUGUAAUGCCAACUUUAUUAAUUAAGACAACUAUGGGACUGAGGCCAGAUUUUUUAAUCCUUACUGUAUGAAAAUGUAAAAAUUACAUUAUUAUAUCAGCAUCGUAGCAAAAUGAUUAUACAAAUUUUCACUCAUUUUUCUCCCAUCCUAAUUCAAUUUUUAGUUCCACAGUGGAUUAUGUUAUUGUCUUAGCACUACAAUUUUGCAAGGGUAAAAUCACAAAAUUGAUCUAAUGCCAUAUGUUCUUAUGAACAUUUUCAGUUCCGCAAGAAACAGCUAAAAUUUGCAAAAUCUGGAAUCCAUGACUGGGGCCUGUUUGCCAUGGAACCAAUAGCAGCAGAUGAGAUGGUGAUUGAGUAUGUGGGACAAGCUAUCAGGCAGCCAAUAGCUGAUCUACGCGAGAAACAUUAUGAGCAGACCGGCAUCGGCAGCUCCUAUUUGUUCCGUGUAGAUCACGAGUCCAUCAUUGAUGCCACCAAGUGUGGAAACCUGGCCCGGUUCAUAAAUCACAGCUGCAAUGUAAGUUGAGAUCCUGAGAGAAAACCCCAAAAAAAUCCAAGACCAUGGGGGGCUUACAUUUUCACCAAAAUGUCACAAGAGUACAAGGACUAAUUUAAAUUUGUUGGGGUGUACAGUCUAUCGCAAAUGCCUAUUAUAAUAUUAAAAAUAGACGCAGCAGCAAAAUCAGCUAUUUCCAACUUCCCCCCGAAAAUUCAAUGAUAAACAAUCUAAUCAAACAAAUUUUUACAUUUUUUUUGUGUGUAUUUUUUUGGAUGUCUUUAUCAAGACAUCAGUGUUCAUUUAAAAUAUUCUCAUUUUACAUUUCAAUGUUUUCCCACAUAACUUGUAACAGAACUGGAGUGUUAGUAAGUAAAUCAAGAUGCAUUAGGUUGAUUUAAAAAAAAUAUAUUAAAAAAUUGUUUGCUUUACUUUACAUAUUUGUAUGCAAUAUUUUUUAUAUGCCAUUAAUAAAUAUAAUUGACCAGUGGAUAAACCUCAAGAUAUUUAAUUCCAAGUUUCUUUACUUUCAGCCUAACUGCUAUGCAAAGAUCAUCACUGUAGAUGGACAGAAGAAAAUAGUUAUCUAUUCCAAGAGGGACAUUGAUGUCAAUGAAGAGAUCACAUACGAUUACAAGUUUCCGUUUGAAGAGGACAAAAUUACAUGUCUCUGUGGUGCUCAAGGGUGCAGGGGUUAUCUUAAUUAAUUUAUUUUUAAUAAGGACAGCCCACCACCUUCAAGACCUCUGGUUUACUAUUCUGUUGCCAUACUGCUGGUGCUGCUUACAGCAGGAGAUUUGCCUGGAGCCAAAAAGCUGCUGUGGCAGUGACCCAAACUUGACCCUGAUUAAGAUAUGUUAAUUUUUUUUUUUUAAAUAACUAAAAAAAUUGAGAGAAAAAUCAAGAGCAUCUUUAACCCCAUAGGAUUUAAAAUACUGGAAAAAUUAAUUGUUGGAAUAAAAUAUUGAAAUGCUUUUGAUCAGGUAUGAUGUACCAACCAUUGAAUAUACAUAAUUACUUUUUUGCAGCAGAAUGAAUUUUGUAAGAUAAUGAAAAUUAGGUUGGCUCGUGUAAACUUACAAGCAUAUCAAAGAACAUAGUUUCUGAGACCAAAAUUUUGCACUUAAACAAAUUUCAUUGGGCUUUUCAAGUGGCCUUAUCAUGCUGACUGGCUAGGGAGAACUGGUCCAGAAUUAUUUUUUGCACAUUACAAUCCAAGAUGACGAUGAAUAAAGAAGAAAAUGGAAUGCAAGUUUUUAAAUCAUUAUCAAAGUGAAAUGCCCCGAGUUAGAUUGGUAAGACAUGAAACUCAGAGGAAUGAGUUCUCAAUUUUAAAAUGUUUUAUUGACGCAACUAAAUUGCUG